AAGUCACCUCACAACAUCACAUUCCAUCAGACUUGAAGCUCCUGCUGGAAGUCAGAAGACCCUCACACAACUCUGCUGAUCUACACAACUUCACCAGGUUGGAGAAAUGGCCUCAGAUCUCAUGACCGUUGCUGCUCUGGGACGACCUUUCACCCUAGGGAUGCUCUAUGAUGCUCGGAAAGAUGAACUGGUCCCAGGUCCCAGAUUGUGGAAUGAUAAAACACUAGAAGAAAAAACAUCUGAAACCCCUCAGCACAGUAGUAGUUUUGAAAUGUCUGCAUCUGACUCCAUUGAAUCCAAGUCCUCUCUGAUGGACAUUGAAGCUUCUCUGAAGGCCAGUUUCCUGUGUGGACUGAUAGAAGUUGAAGGAUCUGCCAAAUAUCUGAAUGAUGAGAAGAAAUUCAAGAAUCAGAGCAGAGUGACCUGUCAGUACAAAGCUACCACCAACUUCAAGCAGUUGUCAAUUGAUCAUGUGACCCUGGACACCAAACAGAUGGAGGUUAUUGAGAAGGACUUGGCCACACAUGUAGUCACAGGCAUCCUGUAUGGGGCAAAUGCUUUCUUUGUGUUUGACAGUGAGAAGUUAGAAGCCAGCGAGGUUCAGGAGGUAGAGGGCAGCAUGCAAGCUGUGAUAAAGAAGAUUCCUACAUUUGAUGUUGAGGGGAAAGUUGACAUCAAGCUGACGGCUGCAGAGAAACACCUGACUGAGACAUUCUCCUGCAAAUUUUACGGAGACUUCAUUCUCAAAAGCAACCCAGCAACAUUUAAAGAUGCAGUGCAGACCUAUGUAGAACUUCCACAGCUACUGGGAACAAAGGGAGAGAAUUCGGUCCCAGUGAAGGUCUGGCUGAUGCCGCUGAAGAGUUUUGAUCCCAAAGCAGUUGAGCUGAAGACGGGGAUCAGCAUCGGACUAGUGAAGAAGGCCCAAGAUGUUUUGGAAGAUUUAAAGGAAAUAAGAAUGAGAUGCAACGAUUCUCUGGGAGACAAAGUGGCAGAGCACUUCCCAAAGAUCCGAAAAGACCUAAGCACUUUCCAAAAACUGUGUGGUUAUUAUGAAUCCAGCCUCCAGCAAGCCAUGACAGAGAAAAUUCCCUCCAUCCGAGCAGGAAAGGAAGAUGAGAGCUCACUGGAAGAAGUCUUUAAAGCCAGGCACACGUCACCAUUCAGCCAUGAAAAACUAACCAAGUGGCUGGAUCACAAAGAGAGAGAAAUCAACGUCAUCAGGUCCUGUGUGGAUAUGAUGGAGGGUGUUAAGAUCGUCCCAAACCAGUCUGAACUGGACAGAGAGGUUCUUGGAAACUACAAUGUUCUGUGCUUUGUUUUCACCUCCAUGGAGAGUGCUGACCCCUGCCUUGAAGCGAUGGAUCAAUACAUAAACUCACCAGAAUGCGCGAGCACUGAAGAGGAGCCAUGGUACUACUCAGACGACGUCCUAAUAAAGAUGAGACAAAAAGUCGAAUAUUUCAUGGCCUAUAUGAAAGCAAUCUUGAAUACUUGUUUCCUCAUAGCAGCCAUUGAAAAUAAGAAAUUCAAAGGAGCAACCAUCUACGCCUACCAGAACGGCAUUCUGCAGACUGAAGACUUCACACCACCCAGUGAGAUGCCUGUGAUCUCACACUGGAAGGAAACACUGCAGGCAACUUUCUUUUGGUCCAUAUAGUUUUCUUUCGGCUGUUAAUCAUUUUCUAAAGAGACUUUAUUUAGAUGUUUCUGUGAUGAUCAGGGUUAGUCUUCCUUCUGAUGCUUGCAACACAUUUAGGGGAUAUAUGUGCUGACCUCUAACACACCAAAUAAAUGACCCUAUUAACCCAUAUUAACCUGCAAAUUGCAAAAGGUGUUCCACAGGGCUCUAUCCUGGGGCCCUUUCUGUUUCAUCUUUGUGAAGAUGACUGUUAUAUCAUUCUCUAUGCCUCUACUGUUAUAUCAUUCUCUAUGCUGAUGACUCUGUUGUGUCCUGUUAUGUGGAUGCUGUUACAAUUCUUCAGCACUUCCUUACUGAUUGUGAAGUUUCUCUCAAUAACUACAAGUUAGUUCGUAUGGGCAGAUCCAUUGAAAAUCAUGCCCUUAAUCAGCCAGUAUAUGAAUAAUGGUAGUCUCAUCUCUACUGAGAAUGGAACAAAUAUUGAAAGUCAAAUAAUAAAAGUAUCUUGUUUUUUUUAUUUGGAAAGCAAAGUAAUUUUCUAAAUACAAUUUGACUUUCUUCUUGAGGAUCUUGAGGAAACUCUAAUCCACACAAUCUUUGACAUCGGGCGGACUUUGGAGUUCAGUAUCUUGCUUGAUGACUGCAGGCACUGGGAAUCGAACCACCGUCCUACCGACUCCUGAGCCACAGAUGUAUUCUUUAUUAUUUUUGUCAAAUGGAUCGAUUAUGUUGUAGUUUUAAUUACAGGGUUUAUAACCUUUUUUCACAUGUUGAUUGUGGGUUUUAUGGAUUUCUCUCCUUUUCUGAUGACAUUUUGGAUGUUUAGCUGCAUUAAUAAAGUUUGAUUCUCACAUGUU